AUGAGAGAACUAAAUAGAAAGUUUGGUGCAGUUAAGAUAAAAAUUGUCUUAAUCAUCGAUAACUGUCCAGCAAAUCAUCCACACGUGAAAAAUCUUGAUUGGGUUGAAAUAAUAUUUCUUCCACCGAACACGACUUCUGUCAUGCAGCCCAUUGAUCAAGGCAUUAUUCGAUCUUUAAAGGCUAAAUAUAGUUCUGUCGCAGUCAAAAAGCUAAUACAUGCCUUGGAAAAGAAAAUGCUGUUACCAACCUUCUCUAUUCUUAACGCCAUGUUUAUGCUGAAAAAAGCGUGGGAUGCUGUUCCCAAUGCUUCAUUCACCAACUGUUUUCGAAAGGCUGAUAUCUCUGUCGAAGCAGCAGAAAGUGCUGUCAAUAAUGACGACAACCCUUUUGUAUGUCUUGAAACCGAUGACGAGGAAAUGUAUGAAACGCUGAAUACUGAUCUUAAUUACCUUCAGGCGAACUUUGGUGAGCGGAUCGGAAUUGGUCUCACACCUGACGACUACAUCGAUUUUGAUUAG